CCGCCGUUGCCUGGCGAAGCCUGAGGCCUGGCCGGGGCCUGCUCGCCUCUCGCCCGCUGCCGCCGACGCCGAGAUGCCGCACGGCUUCAAAGCCGGGGACCUCGUCUUCGCCAAGAUGAAGGGAUACCCGCACUGGCCGGCCCGGAUCGAUGACAUCAUUGACGGCGCCGUGAAGCCCCCACCCAAUAAAUACCCCAUUUUCUUCUUUGGCACCCACGAGACGGCCUUCUUGGGGCCGAAGGACCUCUUCCCUUAUGAGAAAUAUAAGGACAAGUAUGGGAAACCCAACAAGCGGAAAGGCUUCAAUGAAGGGUUGUGGGAAAUCCAGAACAAUCCACACGCCAGCUACAGCGCGCCUCUGACAGUGAGCUCCUCCGACAGUGAAGUGGCUGACAUCGACCCCAUUGGCGGAGGAAGUGACAUCAUGGAGGAGGAGGAGCCACCGCCACCGGCGGUCGGGGACGGGGGAGGGGAGGCGGAGAAGCUGGAGAGCGAUGAAGAGUCCGAGAAGGGGAGCGACCACAGUGGCGUGAAGCGGAAAUCGUUAUCCGCAAAAAUGCCGGCGGCGAAACGGCCCCGGAGGUCUUCGAGCGACCUUGACCAGGCGAGCGCAUCUCAAUCGGAGGAGAAUUCCGAAAGCUCUUCUGAGUCGGAGAAGUACAGCGACCAAGACUUCACCCCUGAGAAGAAGCCCCCGCCCCGGGCUGGUCGGAGGGCACCUGCUGGUGGAUGGAAGAAAAAGAAAGUGGAAUCAGGUUCCGACUCAGAGUCCAAGCCAGAUUCGGAGGAGGAGGAGGAAGAGGAGGAUGGGGAGAACGCCAAGGCCCCGACACCGAAAUUGGAUUCUGACUCCGAGUCGGAUGAGUCCGUCAAGAAGCCAUCCCGGGGCCGGAAGCCAGUUGCGGAAAAGCCGCCCCCAAAGCCACGCGGGAGGAAACCCAAGCCCGAGAGACUCCCUAGCAGCUCCAGCAGUGACAGUGACAGUGACAGCGACGUGGACCGCAUCAGCGAGUGGAAGCGGCGCGAUGAGGAGCGCCAGCGGGAGCUGGAGGAGAAGCGGAAGCGCGAGCAGGAGGAGGAGCUGCGCCGGCUGCGGGAGCAGGAGCGGGAGGAGAAGGAGCGGAAGAAGGAGCGGGUGGAGAAGGGGGAGGCAGAUCACGUGGACAGCGACGGCAGCGUGGACAGCGAGGUCCCGAAGAAGAACAAGAGGGGGCGGCCCAAAGCCCCGUCAUCGUCGGACUCAGAAGUGGAGAAAGAGGUAAAGAAGCAGCCAAAGAAACCUCCAUCGGAGCUUGUGAGGAAGCCGAAGGAGAAGAGGAUCCAAGGAGACGAGAAGCCACGGAACAGAUCGUUGAGAGCAGAGCGAGGCAGGAAAAAGUCCGAUGUGAUCCCCGAGAGACGGCUGGAGAAGAAAAAAGAACCGACAGUUGAGGAGAAACUCCAGAAGCUACACAGCGAGAUCAAAUUUGCUCUCAAAGUCGAUAACCCGGACAUCAAGAGGUGCUUGAGUGCGUUAGAAGAGUUGGGGAGCCUGCAAGUCACCUCUCAGAUCCUCCAGAAACAUACAGACGUGGUGGCCACACUAAAAAAGAUCCGUCGCUACAAGGCGAACAAGGACGUGAUGGAGAAAGCAGCGGAGGUCUACACAUGCCUGAAGUCCCGCGUCCUGGGGCCGAAGGUGGGGGCAAACCAGAAAGUCAACAAAACAGACCUGGAGAAGGACAAGGGAGGGGAAGGUGACAACAAGGACAAAGAGAAGCUGCCGGAAGGAGAAACGCAGAACGAAAGAGAGGAUGAAGAAAAGAGUUCCGAUCUCCCAGCCCCUGUUAACGGGGAGUCGGCAGCCCAGAAAGGAGAAGGCACAACAGAGAAUAAGGACAGGGACGAAGAUUGGACUUCUGGGGACCCCAAGGGAGGGGCGUCCCCCGAAGACACCCACAAUGAGCUGGCGGGCCCCGGCGUUUAUUUUGACAUCGCUCCGCCACAUCGUUUCCUGCCUUUGCCGCAGAAGAUCAUUCCGUAUCUCUCUUCUCCCUCCCCUCCUUCCAGCGCGCCAGACUAUCCAGAACUGGACCGGCCAGCAGCGGAGCGGGAGAGGUCCCGUGCCGAGUCGGACUCUGCCGACGAGGACGAGGAGAGCUGA